GUCUGAUGGUAAUGACCAAUAUGGUGUAUAUGCUCUGCCAUGGAGUGGCUGCUGUGAUCUUAAUCAAGCAUAUUCUAGAGAAGUUUCCUUCAUGUUCAUCUUUUGGUUUGUACUUGAAGUCUAAGAUGGGAGGCGCUUCUGGUGUCCAGUGGUCUUGUUCUUUACUUUGGUGAUAUGUUGGCCCAUACUCUUUCAAAGAUGGAUUUCUUCAUGUCAUCAAAAGAAUUCAUUCACACGCCUGGAACUAGAAGUGAUAUGACCACAAUUAUUCAGGGGAAUUUACUUGGUCUUUUUCUACUUCCGUUGCUAUACAAAAGUUCUCUUCAAUUUUGGGAUUACUGUGGAAUGGAGGGGAAGCAACAAACACAAGCAGCUGAGGAACAUACGCGGAAAAGAAUUGGUUCUGCUGUAUUCUAUAUCUCGUUGUUGGUGGUGUUAAUGUUUUUAGUGCCAUCAUGGACACACCUUGUUCAAGGUCUCAAAGUGCAUCCUUUUGUUUGGAUUAUUAACUACAUGUUCACUGAUUCACAUGAACGGCUUGCUUUAUGUGCAUACUGGAUAUGUGUGAUAUAUGUAUCAGUUAGACGGUUCUACAGCAUAUCAAAGCAAAGCAAAACAGAGAGGAUUCUUUUGCGCAAGUAUUACCAUCUUGUCGCUGUUUUGAUUUUUUCUCCAGCAGUUAUAUUUCAGCCUGCUUUCUUGGACUUGGCAUUUGGUGCAGCAUUUGCAGUUUUCUUAACAUUGGAGAUGAUACGAAUUUGGGAAAUAUACCCUCUUGGGCAUGUUGUGCAUCAGUUUAUGAACGCCUUUACUGACCAUCGUGAUUCUGAAAUUCUUAUCGUCAGCCAUUUUUCACUCUUAUUGGGCUGUGCACUUCCUAAAUGGAUGUCAUCUGGAUUAAAUGACCGACCACUUGCCCCUUUCGCUGGAAUUCUCAGCUUAGGGAUAGGUGAUACCAUGGCAUCAAUGAUAGGGUACAAGUAUGGCGUGUUAAGAUGGAGCAAGACAGGAAAGAAAACAAUUGAAGGCACAGCAGCAGGCAUAACUUCUGUGCUCGCAGCCUGCUCGAUUCUGGUGUCGCUCUUAGCUUCCAGUGGAUACAUUCUUUCGCAGAAUUGGCUAUCACUCCUGAUAGCUGUAACAUUGAGCGGAUUAUUGGAGGCAUAUACAGCACAGCUCGACAAUGCUUUCAUACCUCUCGUGUUCUAUAGUCUUCUAUGUCUAUAGGAAUAACUUUUGUACAUCAAACUGACCUUGAGGUCCUUUUCUUUUCUUGCUAAUAUAUGAUAGUAUGUAGUGCGAUAUGUUAUUCCGACAGGACUCACUCGGUCUCCUCGGCUCAUCAACUGCCUGAUUCGACUGAUCACAUUCUCUGUGAUACUGUGUUCAGAAGUUCAGGAGUCGGGGUGCUCAUGGUCAAAACAGUCGGUGCGUAGGAACAGAAGUAGGAAAACAUAUAUGUUCUCCAGUAGAUCGCAUUUUUGGUAUAGUUGAUUGUACAUGAAGUACUAUCGGAACCUGUCAUUGGAAUAUAGUACAUGUUGUUCCUUCAAACUA